AUGAAUCCUAACCCCGAGCUAAGAAGACAAGUCAUCAAUAUAUACAAAGAGCUACUAGAAAUGGGCCGCCAUUAUCCCUUGGGAUACGAAUAUUUCCGACCUCGUCUACACAAGGCCUUCAUGUCCAAAGCCAACCUAAGGGACGAAGAACAGAUCCGCCAAGGUAUCAAGAGGGCCGAGUUUGUCAAGAAGGAAAUCGAGGCUCUUUAUUUUCUUAAAAAGUAUCGGUCGAUGAAACAUCGGUAUUCGUGA